AUGGAAUCGAGUUGUAUCCAGUCUGCCAUGGCUCUGGGGCUCUCCUCCAAGAAAGCAUCUUCCAGGAACAUUGCAGUGGAAAGGAAGAAUCUCAUCACCGUCUGCAGGUUUUCUGUGAAGACCCUUCUGGAGAAAUACACCACAGAGCCCAUUGACGACUCAUCAGAAGAGUUUGUCAACUUCGCUGCCAUCCUUGAGCAGAUUCUGAGUCACCGCUUUAAAGUCUGCUCUGACGCAGGUCCUGUCAGCUGGUUCAGCUCCGAUGGGCAGCGCGGCUUCUGGGAUUACAUCCGCCUGGCCUGCAGCAAGGUCCCCAACAACUGCAUCAGUAGCAUCGAGAACAUGGAGAACAUCAGCACUUCCAGGGCCAAGGGCCGGGCCUGGAUCCGCGUGGCACUGAUGGAGAAACGAAUGUCAGAGUACAUUGCCACAGCCCUGCGGGACACCAGAACCACCAGACGGUUUUAUGAUGAUGGGGCCAUCAUGCUGCGGGAGGAGUCCACGGUGCUCACUGGGAUGCUCAUCGGACUCAGUGCCAUUGACUUCAGUUUCUGCCUGAAGGGGGAAGUAAUGGAUGGAAAAAGCCCUGUGGUCAUUGACUAUACCCCGUACCUGAAGUUUACACAGAGCUACGACUACCUAAGCGAUGAGGAGGACCGCAGGAGCAUGGAAAGUAGCACAAGCGAGGAGAGCUCUCCUGACCACCCCUACCUGCCGCUGGUCACGGAUGAUGACAGCUGGUACAACAAGUGGCGGAAGAUGGAGCAGAAGUUCCGUAUUGUGUAUGCACAGAAGGGGUACCUGGAAGAGCUGGUGCGUCUCAGGGAGUCCCAGCUGAAGGACCUAGAAGCAGAGAACAAGCGUCUGCAGAUGAGGCUGGAGGAGGUGAAGGUGCAAAACCACCAGGAGAAGAGGGAGCUGGAGGGCAUCAUCCUGGAACUGCAGGAGCAGCUGACGGGCCUGAUCCCCUGCGAGAAUGCACAACUGGUCCAGCUCUCCAAGGAGAUGAUCACGCCCUUGGUGAACCAGUGGCCCUCGUUGGGAACCCUCAAUGGAAAUGACUGUGGGUCAGACACCAAGCUGUACAGAAGGCACAGCUUCAUGAGCACAGACCAGCUGUCAGCAGAGAUCAGCCUGAGCUCCGACUCCCAGAGGCUGGGGGAGGGCAAACGUGAAGGAGAGCCCUGGGGGCCACUGGGGAAGGACCCCACGCCGUCCAUGCUGGGGCUCUGCGGCUCCCUGGCCUCCCUCCCGAGCUGCAAGUCCUUGGCCAGCCUGAAAUCCAAUGAAUGCCUGGUGAGCGACAGCAAUGAAGCCAGCCCUACCCACAGCCCCAGCUGAGAGGCCGUGCGGCGCCAGGGAGUGGAGGCUGCUGGAAGGAGGCAAGCUGAGGAAACCCUGCCAUCUCAUGCUGAGGGGACUGACGCCACAGCCACCAGGACCUUACUGCCCCUGUGGGGGCCGCCCCCAGCUGAACCACUGCAUUUUCACAGACACAGGCCCAUUCCUCAUGAGGGACGUGUCGCCCAGGGCAGAACCUCAUCCGCUCGUACAGUCGGACGGAUGCCCGAGCGCUUUGCAAACGUGCUGUAUAUACUGCAAUGGCUUCACCAGACUGCUGGAAGGCAGCCACCUCUGGGGUGGAACGAGGCAGCUGUUUAAGUGCUGUGUUGCACAGCUAUCCAAGCAUGGGAAGGGGCGCAGGGUCCUGCAUCUGACUGAAGGGGGUGGGGGUCAAAAGAUAAUUUGUCUCCUCCCCCCUUAGGGAUUUGACCCUCACGGCAGGCGCUCA